AUGCUCUCGUCUCUCCUGGGAGUCGUGGAAAACUCCAUUGUUCCAGUUACCCGCCAUGGCGUCGCAUCCGGCUCACCUCUCUUCGGCGCCGCAAUCCUAUCACGCUCCAACCUCAGCGUGCUGACCGUGGCCACGAACAACGGGCGAGUCUCGCCGCUGCUGCAUGGCGAGCUGAACUGCAUCCAGCAGUUCUAUACCAGUACAUUCCCCGACCCUUCGUGUCGUCCCGACCCGCGCAACGACACCAUAUUCCUCGCGACGCACGAGCCGUGCAGUCUUUGCCUAAGCGCGAUUGCGUGGGCUGGGUUUGGCGAGUUUUACUACCUCUUCAAGUACGAGGAGACUCGGGAUCUAUUCGGGUUUCCCGAUGAUAUCAAUAUACUGGAAGAGGUGUUUCGAGUAAGAGGAAACGACACCGAGGAGCAAGUGCAGCAGCGCGAGCUAUACAACGCGGAAAACAAAUUCUUCAAGGGGAUGUCCAUUGCAGACAUGGUACAGGAAACCGAUGAAGGAGAGAGGGACAGGCUGGCUGAGGAAAUGAAACGGGUGAAGGGUUUAUACGACGAUUUGCACGCCACGUUCUUGACGGAAAAGGACCGGCUUCAAAAAGACCAGGCGGAUGCGCCGAAGCCUUCCAACUGUUCUUUGCCUGCUUAG